AUGGAUAAAAUUCUCAUUGCAGUCAGCUCAAACGAUGGAAAGAAAAUUGAUGAAAAGAAAAUAGCGGGUUAUAUUGCAGAACUGAAUGAUUUGAGUCAUGAAACACUUAAGCAGCUGCUUAAUAGCUGUUCUUCCCAGGAACUGGCAUUAUUUAUAAAGCAGGAGUUUUUUAAACAGAUAAAUGCUAGAAACAUGAAAAUUACUGGUGAACUGGCAGAAGAACUGCGAUCUGUGUCUACUGAAAAUACUAGGAACGUUGUGGAGCUUUCGGACCACGUGGAUGAAAGUGAAGAUUUGGAAAGAUACGACAAAAAUCUAACGGAAGAGGAGGCAAUUAAAAAACAUUCGUUUAAUAAUUCUAAAUAUGAUAAGGCUUUGGAAAUGUUUUUAGGUGCUUUUAAGGCUAAUGUUAAAGAUAUUAAUUUUGACAAGGCUGUAUUUCUUUCAAAAUGCAUUGUAGAACAUCACAUCAGUGAAUUUUCAUCCACAUUUCCAAAAGAGGUCAGGUCAAAAAGCCAUAAUUUGAGAGAAAAUUCCAAACUAUGCCUGAGCGUGUACACUUCGAAGAUUGACACAUCGGAUUUCGUUAAGAUGUUGCCUGCACAGAUGCAGAGUGAAGAGCUUAGAAGUAGAGAUAGUGAGUAUAUCAAGGAGAGUUUACUGGCUUCCCAGGUUGCAAGUGCUGCAGCAGAUACAGACAUGUUUCAAUGCUCAAAAUGCAAGCAAAAAAAAUGCACAUAUAGUCAACUGCAAACGAGGUCUUGCGAUGAGCCUAUGACCACUUUUGUGACAUGUACGAAUUGCGGACACAGAUGGAAGUUUUAA